AUCACACGGAUGUCGCGCACAAAAGCUACCAAAAAAAGUCUGCAAGAAAUGCUUGCAGAGCGUACCGGCAAACGCAACGACUGGAACAAUGGUCCACCCGCGGGCGCAGCAACACGGAUUGGGCCUGAUGGAUUCCCAGAAUAUGACCCAUCGGCGUUUGAAUCGGACCACGAUGAAGACGGCGACGAUGGCUAUGUUGGCGGUGCCUUCGCGGCGCUUGCCGGUUUGGGUGGAGAACUAAAUAGUGAUGAAGAGUUUGUGGAGGUGGUGUCCAAGAAGAAUAAGAAGAAACUCGUGCCCCCAACGGGGCCAUCCGGCGCUGGCGCGGGGCCAUCCGGCUCCAGGCCUCCGGCUGCACCCGCAGCUCGGGGGCCCAGCGCAGGCGCUGGCCCCAGCUCCAGUCGCGCCGCCGCCCUGCCGGUGCCGCGACCCUCGGCGGCGCUGGUCAUGCCGCGUGCGCCUUACGGCCUCGGGGCCGCGGAGGCUGCGCCCCCGCCGCGGGCGCCGCGGGCCCGCACGCACGACGAUGAGGGGCGGCCGCUGACUGACACCUACUACCAGACCUUUCAAAAGGUGUACCGCAACGCUGGUGGCGAUGUGUGCAUGCGCUUCCACAAGACCGACAUUGUCAUCGCCAAGCCCAGCGGCGAGGUGGUGGUGACUAGCGGCGGCUACAAAACCAAGACCACGUUCCAGUCGGUGUCCGAGGGCCUGGAGCCCAUGGGCAUCAUCCUUAGGAGCAGUCGGGGAGAGGGCUACGGCGAGUGGUGGGUGGAGCUGCCGGACGGGAGCCGCCAGGACUGGCUAGACAACAUGACCAUCCCGGCGGCCAGCGCGGAGGACCGGGGCCGCGGCCAGCGCCUGCUCGCAGCCUAUCAUGGCACCAGCACUGCCGCGGCGCCAGCGACCAGCGCGUCAGGGCGAGCCACCGCGGGGCCCGUUGGGGCACCCUACCGGCCAGGAGCAGCAGCGGCGCCGCCGCCGGCGGCCUACCGGCAAGUCGGCUACGCCCCCACUAGCAGCGCAACUGGAGCGGCCGCGUCCGCGGCGGGGCCAUACGCAGCGGGCCGAACAGGAGCGGCAGGGCCAGGAGCGGCAGGCGGCUACGGCGCCCAGUCCGCAGCCGCCACACGGGACCCGUCGGUGGCAGCGGCUGCGGGCUCGGGCGGCGGCGAUGCGGAGGCGCUGCACGCGCUGAUCAGUUCGGCGCUGCUGCUGCAGGAUGAGGCGUUGAUAGCGGGCAACAACCAGGUGCAGGCGGAGCACCUGCUAGACGACGAGCACUGCUGCAUCGCCUGCAUGGCGGCGCUGAAGACCACUGUGCUCAUCCCCUGCGGCCACAUGGUGCUGUGCGCCGAGUGCGCCGCCGACGUGAUGACACGCACCGGCGUGUGCCCCAUGUGCCGACAGCAGGUGGAGACCACUGUCACCGUGCAGUGAGGGGGGGGGGCGGUAGGGUGUGGGGGGGAGAGGCUGGGGGCCUGCAGGCGCAAGCUAAGGCGGAGAGGAGCAGGCAGCACGAGGCCGACGGGGCGUACAAGGGGGCGGGCCGGGGGACCGGUUUACAGAGAGUCGGUAUGGGGAGGUUGUAGCAGACAUGACAGGUGACAGUAGCAGACGCGCUGUCGUGAUGAUGAGCGGUAGCAAAGGAGGCGCCCUGCGGCACAGCCUGCGGCAGCACUAUUUUGUUCAAGGGGCAAGCACUGGAGGAAAUGAGGACGGUACUGGGGGCUCGCUGAAGCGUUACAUGACUAGCAUUGGGCGGGGCGCCUUGGGAGGCGCGCCGGUGUGUAUGCAUGGGGUUUUCGUGCGGCGAUGCGGACGUUGGCGCUGGGACCGUUUACAAAGUCACAGGCAGGCACGCAUAGAGUACCCAGGCCAGGAGUGUCAAGCGAAAUAAGAGGACUCUAGGCUGGCCUUGCUGACAAGGUCGCAGGCGUCGCAGUAAGGGUGGGGUGGGCUAGCGUGGCGGGAACUACCUUGAAGGCCUGCUGUCAUGUCGGGUCAGCUUAAGGGCCGUGCGGCUCGCUGUGUGCAUUAAGAUGAGAUUACGCGGACAUGGAUGUAUGUUGACUUCUGUUAGAUUGAAGCAGAGCAAGUUAAGCAACCCUUCCACGAA